UUUAAGAUGUUGAAGAGAUUUCACAAAUAUUUUGUUAGGAAUUUUGGUUAACGACCAUUAGUGAUGCAAUGUAAUCUAAAAAUGUAAAUGAAAUAUAUUUGUUUCCCUUUGCACCUUUGGAAAGGAGAAACCUAAGCCCUACAUUAAGCUGAGAAAAGAAAACGACCGGGGCACCCAAUGCCUCCGGCCGGAGAAAAUAACUGAAGAUCGGAAGAUUUUCUGUUUCAUCUCUCCGAAACCGGAAUAAAGAAAAUGGCGGCUCCGACGAUUGACGGGGCUGGAAGCGAAGCCCGGGAAACCCUCAAAGCCUUUCACCACAGAGCUCUCGAGGCCGAGGAUCGACUGUCAAGACUGGAAGCUGCAUUAGCAAGUAAAGCAGAUGGUGAGGAUUCGGAGCUUUUGAAGACUAUAAGUAAACUCCAAUCGAAAUUAGAGGAUGUAACUGCAGAGUUAGCUUCUGAACGACAGAAGGCUCAGAAGCUUGCUGUUGAAAAUGGGAAGCUCCAGUAUCGAGUUACACAUCUCGUCCGUUCUAUCAGGGAAUCUGACUGAAACCCUCACAAAUUCAUAGGUGAUAUAGUGAGAUACCAAGAUUGAUAUGAUAUAUGGUGGGAUCUGCAGCAGAAGAAUCAGAAACUAGUCUUUUACUAUUACCUCAUUCUUGCCACAGGAUCAGAAGCUAGAUUCUGUAGGGUUGAUGAUGGGAAGAAGAAGAACCCUUCUGUCUGUUCGAAUUGAAGUUGCUAGUAUUAUCGUCAAACUUUCGUUAUAGCUGCUUGGUGUUCAUCGUUCUCCUUUCAUGGCAUCCUCUUCUCUUGCAAGAAAAGCAAGUUACUCAUCUGUGUAGUGUUGAUAGACUUGGUUGGUUCCCAUGUGGGAAAUAGCAGGUGGUUAUGAAGUCGCCGUUUGAGAUGCCGUUUUCAUUGUUCAUGUUCGUCCUACCCCAUUCAUUCAACUUUCCUUGGUGGUUGGAAUUACCAAGAACAUGAAAAAAGUUACUUGACAUGGUAAUUUGGGUGUUAUUGGUGGACAGGAGUUGGAGAAACGUUUCAUGCAGGUCUUUGUUACUUUCAGAGAGGAAAGUGAUGGAUAAUUUGAUUUUUACUUAUCUAGGGUGUAAUCCUUAACAUUGUUAGUUUAUUGCUGGAUAAUUGCUAGACCUCGCAACCACACUAAACAGGGCCGAGAAGAAUCUCUUUGUGGUCAUUGAUAAGAGUGGUUAACUUGAAUUCUCGACUUUAAAGAUUCAGAAUAGUUUUGAACGUAUCCAAUGUGAUUUUCAUCAUGUAAUGGCGCAAACAAGCUUUAUAUUCAUAAUUUUGUGUUUUUUCCUUCUCUAACCACAAGUUAUAAUUAUGCACUCCAUCGAUGAAUUCAACAUAUGUUCGUUUGAAAAUGACAAUAAUCACAAAACAAUUGUAUGUUGUCUAAACACAUUGCUUUUGUGCAUCUAAAGGCAUCAUUUUCUUGAGAUAGCAUAACAUGGAAUUAAAGGCAUCAUAAAAGUUAUAGUUUCUAAUGCACUUAACCUGCCUUUAUGUAGUUUGAUGGUAAUCAACCUACCUUAAUUCGAUUGACAACUACCUUUCACCUUUGUGUAGCCUAUGGACAACUAAAACAUGCAAGACAAUGAAACAAAAACUAAUUAAAUAA